UUUACAACAACAAUCAUGAUGGGCAACGCAGAAUUCGGGCUUUCCGAAGAGGAAAUUAACGGGUUCAAAGCAUGGGUUCAGUCCCAAAAUAAAAGGCCUUACAUGUGGGAUGCUCGACAAUGGUUCCGUGACUCCUAUCACAACAAUGAUGAGCCAGAUGCCUCACUAGACAAGACUCUGGGCUCACUCAUUGACGAGGCCAUCGAAGAUGCUGUCAAUGAAAUGAAAAUUCGCAACAAGGUAUUGUCACAUCUCAAAAUUCCUGGUUUAGGUCUUCCGUUACUGUAUAUGCCGCCCGAAGACAAGCGAUUUCCUGUCUUGAUAGGUUCUGAAGGCUAUGACUGGAAAGCUGCAACACUUCUGAUACGAGAAGUUUGUAUGUUAAAGUUUGUAGAGGAGAUCACAAACAAGGCUCAGUGGUGGGAAAAAGUUUUCAAUCCUCAAAUUGCCAAAAAGUGGACACAAGAGACAUUAGAAAUGAAUUGGAAAGAAUAUCGAAGUUACGCAGAUUUCACUCCCGCAAUGGCAGAAGCUUGCAUUCGCGAAUUGCGAAUUAAAGCGGAUUUAUUUAUAAAGACUGGACUUAUUCCUAUAUUUGACUAUUCUUCUUGUGUCAUCAAAUCCGAUAGCCUUGUCCCCGAGACCUUACGAGAUGAUCUUCGGGCGGCAGUUGCAAAACUUGAGAAUGUUCCUGAUGGAGAAAAAGAUUGGCAUCCAGGUAGCACCCGCAAGGUUCUCGACCUUGUACACCCCUCUCUGUGGCCAUUCAUCUAUGGCCGUACUCCCGUACUACUUGACAAACGAAUUAAUGUUACGGACGCUUUGAGCCACUGUGGUGUUGGAACUAUCCUUCCGGCUCCAAAGCCAAUCGAAAUGGCUGAUCCUAAGCGGUCUUCGUCAGCACCUUAUCAGCUAUCUAUGCCUUCUCUUUCACACAAAUUCCAAUGGCUGCCAUGUGACGUUGUACUUGAUGGCCAGUCUGCCAAAAUCGACAGCUAUAUCAAUAACUUGCAUCCAGUGGAUCAUGCAAGCUUAUACCCUAUUAUUGAACGCUUCAUCGAGAAGUCGUUAUCGGCAUGGGAUAUUAUAUACCGAUGGCCUACAGAGUUUGAAACUCAGCGCUUGACAACGACCCAGGCGCGCGAAGAGUGUACAACUAAUGAAAUUUGUCAACAUAGAGGUUGCAAGCCGUGGAAUCGUCCACUUGACGAAGGUGAGCCAUGGCGCGAUGAUAGGGAGCCUUACACAGCAGAGUAUCGGGACUCUGAACGUUUUAAGCGCGAUAUGGAGUGGAUGGUUGAAACGCACAAGCUCAAUCUGCCAGAACCUGUGUCUGACGAUGAUAGCCACAUUCGGUUAAAGGCAUCUGACGUCAAAUCGAGCGGCUUCUUCAACGGAGCAUCUCGUAUCCAAGUUAUCGUCAAGUUGGCUAAUGUUCACCUCAAUCCCGAAGACCCCGAAUUUAAAUUUGAGGUAUCGAGAGAGCUUGCUGAUUGGUAUAUGACCCCUCUCAACAAAGAUGCCAGCGAUCUAGAUUUAGAGGGAUCUUCUUACAAGCCGGGCACCUCUGAGGCUUCUACAUCGGAUUCCGAUAUUUCGUCAAACCCGAGACGAUCAUUGUCCCUAAACCUUUCCGAUUAUCAUGACUUAUAUAUGAACAACGAUCCUACUGAGUUUGAAGGCGGAUCAUGGCACACAGAGGGAAUGUUAAAUGAGCAUAUCUGCGCAACCGCGCUUUUCUAUUACGAUUCCGAAAAUAUUACCGACUGUCAUCUUGACUUUCGUACGCCUGCGGAUCGUGAGGAGCUUGUUGUAAAUCUCGGUUACGAACAAGACCAACAUUAUCCGAUCGAGCGCACUUUCGCUAUCCCAAAUGCCAACCGCGACAGGUUACAAAACAUUGGCGGCGUUCUCACCACGAACAGCCCUUCUACAGGAGAUGCUGAUACUCGAGCUGUUUUCUUUCCGAACCUUCUGCAACAUCGGGUUUCUUCAUUUCGCCUUAAGGACUCAACGCGGCCAGGCCACCGCAAAAUUCUAGCUCUCUUCCUCGUGGAUCCAGCAAUUCCUAUUAUUUCCACAGCCAAUGUACCACCACAGCAGCGGAACUGGUGGUCUCGCGAAUCUGGUGUUGAAGAAGCUCUUGCUAAUCGGCUACCGAAUGAACUGGCCAACGUCGUUCUUGAAGAUGCGGUAGGACUUCCGAUCAGCUUGAAUGAAGCCAAAAGCAUCCGGCUGGACCUAAUGGAAGAAAGAUCGAUAAAAAAAGACGAUAUGGAUAGAGAUCUACAAAAUUACACCUGGAACUUUUGUGAACAUUGAUGGUGUUGACUUUUACCAGAGGGAUUCUAACUAUGUAUCUUUGACUUAUGACCAGGGGUGGAAGAUUGGGUAUAGCCGUAUUGAUAGAAGUCU